AUGGCUUUCUUGGAGCCGCAGAGGAAGCGUCGAGCGACUAUCAAGACUAGCAAGAUCACAGCACGGUUCCGCCCCAUCAUGCCUAGGCCCAUGCUAGCUAGCGAUGUGGAAGAUGAAGAUGUCUUGUCUCUGCAGAGUAGGCGGUUCCAUGGGUGCAAGCGUGGUGCCCUGCAAGGCCUCAUGCCAAUAGUGGACAAGAGGCAAAUGAGGGAGUCAUCCUCUUCUUCUUUCACUCCUCCACUCGGGCAUCAUCCUACAACAAUUGGGGUGCAAUGCAUACCUGUAGGUUUUUCAAGAAGUGAUCAUCUGGGCAAGUCCCUAAUAGGGUCUCACAUUUCACCAUGGGCUAAUUGGCCACCACAGGUGGUAGAGAAGCGCUUCCCUAUGGAGUGCGACCUGCUUAGGAAGCUGGAGGAGCCUAGGGUCACCAUGCCCCGUCCUAUGCGGCCCUUGCGCACUACCAUUUGCAUUGACACCAGUAGUAUCGAAGGUGCAAACUGGGAGAAGAUGCCUGUUUGUAGGAUGACAGCGUUGCAGGUGGAGGCAGAGCUAGAAGCUGAUAUUAUACCAGCUAUCGUCUCAGGCCCUAACAACCAUGUCUGCCUAGUUAACGAUGCAUACAAGGCGCUAGUGGGGCAACCAGUUUGUCCGUGGCUUGACUCCUUACCGUGCACAGGCACAUCACGACGGAUCAAUGGCGAGGUCUACCUUGAUGUGAGGAGGUACACAGCCACUGACCAACCCAUAAGGGAGGCCGCUGGAGGGGCCUUCUCAUGCAAUUCAAGGAUCUCGUGGGAGCACAAUGGAAAGUUGGCCUCCGUGGCUGCAUCCUGCGAUGUCAUGCGUCUAGCGUGCAACUAUAGGGAAUAUCUUUUUGUCUGGAGAUUUGACACCACCAAGGGCACCAUAUUUUAUUCUCCAAUGUAA